AUGAAUGAAAUAAACAUAAAUAUAGAAGGUUACAACGUGAAUGGAAUAUGCGUGGGGUGUUUAAACUAUAAUCGUCGAAUGUUUUACAAUUCAGACAUCAAAGAAUGUUUUCGACUGCUUGGAAAUAUUGAUGUGCCAGACGGUUUAGAAAUCCAGGUGUGCUGGGAAUGCCUGGCGCGUGUCAAGUCUGCCAUCAGAUUCAGGAAGCAGAUACUGCAGUCUUACGACUUCUUGAUCAAAUAUUCUAAAGAGCAUACCUUCUUGGACUCUCCACACGAUUUUGAACCGCACGCGACAAAAUCUUUACUAAAAACAGAGAUUUUUGUUGAACAAGUAAAGGAGGUGAAAGAAGGUGUCGAAGAAGAGAAAGAAGUACUGGUCAAAGAUGAGGAGCACCAACUGGAUUAUACUUUUGACGUGGACAUAAAAGAAGAAACACUAGAAGAGACAUAUUUUGAAGAUAUACCAGGGAAAAAUGAGGUGUCUUCCGAUGAGGAUGUCCAGCUGUCCAAGCUUAAGGAAGAGACAGAACGAGACAAGAAGAGAAAGAAGAGUGAAAAGAAGAAGCAAAAGUUAGCCCCAAAAAAAGAUAGACAGAAGAAAGAGAAAAAUACCGAAAAGAAGAAUAGGAAACUGAAGAAUCUACCGGGAGAUCUGGUAGAACUGUACACAAUGUCGAAUGAUGAGAUGUGGGUGAUACGGUGGGAGGACCUGAACAGCAAAGAGUUCCAAAAACUUAAAUACAGAUGUGAUACUUGCAUCAUAGCAUUUAAUACGGAGAAAUUAAUGCAAGACCAUUUAAAUGGAAAACAUCAGCCGAAAGGUGAGAAUUGCCACCAGUGUCCAAUUUGUGAGGCAUAUUUCCUAACUAAAGAUAAUUUGUCAGCUCAUAAAGCGUUGCACCAGCAAGGGUAUAAGUGCAAGGAGUGUGGGUUCAAUACCGGGUUGAAGAAGCGUAUGAUGAAGCAUGUGGGUGAACAUAAGACUGGAGAUAGCUUUACUUGCAGCUCUUGUGGGUCUAGUUUUAGUACAAAAUCGAAAUUAAUAUACCAUCGCGCUGUGUGUCGUCAAGAGAAGCCGCAAUGUGACUGUUGUGGCAAAGUCUUCGCUAACAAGAUGACUCUCAAGUAUCACUUGAAAAUACUGCCGCGGAAUAAAGAAGAGAAGCCUAAAGAGAAGUUGUUUAUUCCAUGCAAAGGCUGUGAUAAAGUAUUUCAUUCGAAGAAGAGUUAUAGAGCUCACGUAGUAAUCCACAACGGUCUAUCCUACCCUUGUCCAAUAUGCGGCAAACUGUUCCAAUGGAAGCGAAAUCUCUACAGACACACUCGCAACCAUAGAGAGAGGGCAGCCGGCGCUGUACAUGAAUGUAGAGACUGUGGCAAGACAUUCGCUAGUAGAGAUUGCUACAAUAAUCAUAUGCGACUGAGCAAACGACAUGUUGCUGAUGAAGCGCUCCAACACGCUUGCACAUACUGCGAUAAAAAGUUCCCGACGAAAUGGUGUCUUACUGACCACGUGGACUGGGAUCAUCUUAAGCGCAUCAAAUAUCAAUGUAGCUCCUGUUUUAAACCCUUCAAAACUGCUAAAAUAUUGGUCGCUCAUGUGAAGAAUAUUCAUGAAGGCAAGAAGAAAGAAGUCGAGGGUGAACACCUGUGUGAAAUAUGCGGGAAAUCUUACAGGACUGUUAAACGGCUCAAAGGCCACGUGUGGGCGAUGCACACGAAGCGAUCAAACAGCAAGGUAUACAAGUGCAAGCUCUGUCCGGCUACAUUCAUGUGGCAGACCAGUAUAUACAAACACAUGAAGAUGAUGCACGAUAAUAAGAAGGCUAAGACACAACGCACCGCCCCACCAGUGAAAAAGGAAGAGCCUUACCCAGGAAUCGAACUAGCGAACCGAAUGCAAUAUUUCCAACAAAAUCUAUCAGGCAAUCUCAACAUAGUACAUAUACAACCAAUUGAAAUAGGACAGAAUAUAGUUUUUAAAUAA